AGUAGAUUAUAGUAUAUUUCACGUCUGACAAUCUGCUAUCAAAAAACCAACACUGCAAAAAACGCUAAACGUUGUGGCAGACCACUAAAGACAACUGCCAAGGUAGACACUUUUAAUUUGCGACAAUUUAAGCAGGAUGUCUUGAGAACUCCUCGAUCGGUUGCCAAUGACUUGAAGGAAGCAGGAAAAUUUGAUGUCAGUGAACGGGCAAUACGCAGACGUCUUAAGGAAACUGAUUUUGGAACAUAUAUUACCAGAGCUAUACUGCAAAUAACACAGCGCAAUAAGUUAAAGCGCCUUGAGUUUUAAGAAGAUCUGCACACGGCGGCGCAGCAACAGCCAAGACGGAGAAAACCAACAGUAUUAACUACAAGCAGAUCAAUGAGUAACUAUAGAUACCAGAAUGAAGCUGGUGGUGGAGAGCGUGGCUACAGCGGUAUAGAGGUGCGCACAUUUGUCAGCACUUGCGUGAAGUACAUGAUCUUCAUGCUAAACUUCAUAUUCUGGCUUUUCGGUGGCCUUCUUCUGGGCAUCGGCAUCUACGCAUUCAAGGACAAGUGGGAGCAGGCCAAUGGCGGAGUCAGGCUGGAAACCAUCUACGAUUGGAUACUCAACAUUUCGCUGGUGAUGAUCAUCACGGGAAUUGUCAUAUUUGUGGUAAGCUUUGCUGGCUGCCUCGGAGCGUUGCGCGAAAACACCUGCCUACUGAAGUUUUACUCCAUGUACCUGCUCCUUUUCUUUCUCAUGGAAAUGGCCAUUGCCAUCGUUUGCUUCGUCUUUCCGCAACAUAUGAACACAUUCCUGGAGAAGGAGUUCACAGAAACCAUUAUACACUCUUAUCGCGAUGAUCCCGAUCUGCAGAAUUUUGUAGACUUUGCCCAGCAAGAGUUCAAAUGCUGCGGACUUAGUAAUGCUGGCUACCAGGAUUGGGGUAAGAACGAGUACUUCAACUGCUCCUCACCGUCCGUGGAAAGGUGCGGGGUCCCCUAUAGCUGCUGCAUCAAUGCCACCGACAUCAGUUCGGGUCUAGUCAACAUUAUGUGCGGCUAUGGGGUGCAGGAGCACACUGUGGUAGCCGCCAGCAAGCUCAUCUGGACCAGCGCAUGCAUCGAAACCGUGCGCGUCUGGGCUGAACGCAACCUGUAUGUGAUUGCUGGUAUUGCCCUGGGCAUUGCUCUCAUCCAGCUCCUUGUCAUAUAUCUGGCCAAGACACUUGAGGGUCAAAUCGAGCUGCAGAAGUCGCGAUGGGCGGCGUGAGAUCCGUAUCAGCCCGACUUGUUCGGGUACUACAACAACACUUGAGUGUUGGACGCUGCCUGGCCGGUGGGACGUGCAAUACCAUUUGUUAGCAAAAUUUCGAGUCUCCCAUUUAUGAAUCUGGUGCAUAUUCUUAGCCCACGAAAAUGUAUAUAUGUAUGUAUACGAACAAAACCUAUACUCAUCGACAAUUGGACCAAGCAACGCCAUAUUAUGUCUGGUCUGUCUUUGUAUUGCUUAUGCGCAAUCUCUGAUGUACGUACGUAUUGUAUUUUAGGAUCCGUCAUGUCUUCAAUCCCCUAAAUAACACUCAGAAUACACUCGAGUGCGCAAGCACAACAUUUUCGACAUCUUUCCAAAGUAUCCUUCAAAACGAGAAGCAUUUAUUUAACAGCGAUCCAAUUGCAUUUCUUCUAGUGGAAAACAGUAUCCAGUGCUUUAGGCAGCCCACAACAAAGCACAAAAUCCGUUUAUACAAUAUUAUAUUAUAACAAUUUAUACAAUUUUACCACAUAUAACCUAUAAUUCAUAGAAGAGUAGUUUUAAUCAUAUACAAUAAAAAAAAAAUAUAGGACAAAAG